AUGCCGAAAGAAAACGCCGCGAAUACGCUCUCGGCGCUCAUCAGCUCUGUGCGGUCGUACGCCGCGCGGGGCGCCUCGCCGUCUCCGUCGAAUUCUCCGCAGAGCAGGCUGAUAGACAUAUCUGAUCAUGACGCAGUCCGCGAGGUCAGAGAAAGAAGAUUCGAAGCGCCUGUAGCUGGCGAGCCACCACUAGGAGCACCACCACCACCACCACCACCACCACCACCACUACAGAAACCAGAAAUUGGGGGCGAGAAACAAGCUUUCGCUGAGGAUCAACCCCAUCAUGGCUGUUGUCAAAGCUACGGCUUCCACGCUGGCGAACAAACACCAACAACAGAACAAAGGCACGAGCAACUAUCACCAUCGGCGGCACUGCAGCUGCAGUACCAAGAAGAGGCGGCGCUGCAGUUACAGAUACAGAAAGAGAUCAUCACCCAAGGUGCGGUGCUGCCCUGUGUUCCCACCGGCGGCACCGUACUACUACAGCCUGCAUCUAUUGGCCAUGAUCAGACGGGGCAAACCGCACCGGUGCCGGCGGUACUGCUAGUACAAUCUGCGUACCAGCAGCCUACAGCCGUGGCCAUGGCCCCAGAUGAGCUAGAGCCAGAAUCAGAGCCGGAGGAGCUAGAGCUCGUAUCCAUGAUCCAAACCUGCGCCCCAAAAACCUCCAAGUACUCCCCAACCACACCCAAAGCCCGCAGAGUGUCCAUCCCCGCCAGCCCUCUCGAUCUCCCCCUCACUAUGACUCGCCCUACCACCCUUCCUACUGCCUACAACCCCGGCCGCGGCCGCUCUCCUCAGCGCUCACUACCGCCGCUGCCACCACCACCACCAGCGGCGUAUGAAUACGACUUCUACGGGCGCCGCUCCGGCCGCGUGCACGCCCCGCCGGCGCCGAGGGACCGCGACGAUCGCAGUAGCUCUGCGUUUAUGGGCUUUGAGACCGAUGAGGGCGGGGAUGGAGACGAUGAGCUUGAUGGGUGUUCGUGGAAUGGUGGGAGCUUGAGGGAAAGGGGGAGGGGCAGAGGGGCGUGUUUUGGGUGGCCGAUGGCGGGGGAGAGGGUUGGUGCGAUGGUGGGGGAGAUUGUGGAGAGCGUGGUGAGGAUGGGGCCGUUUGAUCCUUCGGAGGGGUGCGUGGUAGGUUUUUCUUCUUCUCUGUCUUCCGGGCUGGGCGGUAUCGGGGUUUGUCCCAAGAGAUAG